AUGACCCUGAUUGGGUUAAAUUUUGAGCAUCUCACCGCCAAGAUUUGCGCUGUUCCCGCCACCGGCAGGAUAGGCAGAGGGGGUAGUGCAGGGCCAAUUGACGAUCCAACACUUUUUCACCACAUCCUCCACACCUGUACAUCUAGUAAGGGAGGUGGUGGAGUCGCCACCCUGGAUGUGUUAAAAAAACCACUGUAUGUGGCACUUGUGGCCAUGGUCAAGCAGCUCCUGCACUUCUGCCUCUUCCUGGGCAUCUCCCUGGCUGCCCUCCUGGCCAACGGCCUCAUCAUCAGCGCCGUAGCCUGCGGCCACCACCUGCACACCCCCAUGUUCUUCUUCCUGCUCAACCUGGCCCUCACUGACCUGGGCUCCAUCUGCACCACUGUCCCCAAAGCCAUGCACAAUUCCCUCUGGCACACCAACAACAUCUCCUACUCUGCAUGUGCUGCUCAGGUGUUUUUCUUUGCAUUCUUCAUCUCAGCCGAGUAUUCCCUCCUGACCAUCAUGUGCUACAACCGCUACGUGUCCAUCUGCAAACCCCUGCACUACGGGACCCUCCUGGGCAGCAGAGCUUGUGCCCACAUGGCAGCAGCUGCCUGGGCCAGUGCCUUUCUCUAUUCCCUGCUGCACACAGCCAAUACAUUUUCCCUGCCCCUGUGCCAGGGAAAUGCCCUGGGCCAGUUCUUCUGUGAAAUCCCCCAGAUCCUCAAACUCUCCUGCUCACACUCCUACUUCAGGGAACUUGGGCUCAUUGCUGUUAGUGUCUGUUUGGUAUUUGGCUGUUUUGUGUUCAUUGUUUUCUCCUAUGUGCAGAUCUUCAGGGCUGUGCUGAGGAUCCCCUCUGAGCAGGGAAGGCACAAAGCCUUUUCCACCUGCCUCCCUCACCUGGCUGUGAUCUCCCUGUUCCUCAGCACUGGGUUUUUUGCCUACCUGAAGCCCCCCUCCAUCUCCUCCCCAUCCCUGGAUCUGGCCCUGUCAGUUCUGUACUCAGUGGUGCCUCCAGCCCUGAACCCCCUCAUCUAC